AUGGCCGCCCGUCCAGCUCUCACAAGGGCACUGCCCCACUUGACCAGCACCGUCCUGUCCAGAUCCUCCCAAUACCAGACAAGCUUACGAUCAAUAUCAUCACUGUCGCCGCUCUCCCGGACCUUCUCGACCACCCUCCCCUCGCUCGACGCCAAUGCGUCAACAUCAACCUCCUCCAAGCCCCCUACCCCCGACUAUGCUAUCCCCGAUCCCUCCCGCCCAACCCACUUCGGCUUCCAGACCGUGACCGAAUCCGAGAAGCGCGAAAAGGUCGCCCGUGUCUUCACCUCCGUCGCCGAAGCCUACGACCGCAUGAACGACCUCAUGUCCUUCGGCUGGCAUCGCGUCUGGAAAGACCACUUUGUGCGCACGCUGAACCCAGGCUUCUCCCCUCUCACGGCGGGUCCAGAUCCCAGGGGACCGCAGCAAAUCCUUGACAUUGCCGGCGGCACGGGUGACAUUGCCUUCCGCAUGCUGCACACGGCGCACGUGGUGAACCGCAACCCCGACGUGCGCGUUAUCAUGUCCGACAUUAACCGGGCGAUGCUGACGGUCGGCAAACACCGCUCCGAGUCGCUUCCUGCGUCGCAGCAGGCGGCGCUAAGCUUCCUCGAGGCGAAUGCCGAGGACCUGACCAAGGCCCGGCCGUUGGUCCCUUACCCCCCUGCCGACCCCGCCUCGGAAGAGAAGCCGUUCUUCGAUCCCACUACGGCGACCACCUCUAUUCCUGAUAAUUCCAUCGACCUGUAUACCGUAGCUUUCGGCAUCCGUAACUUCAGCAACAUCCCCGCCGCGUUAAGGGAAGCGUAUCGCGUGCUCAAGCCCGGCGGUGUGUUUGCCUGCCUGGAGUUCAGCAAGGCGGACAAGCACCCGCUGUUCAAUGCCGUGUAUAAGGAGUGGUCGUUCAGGGCAAUCCCGUUGAUCGGGCAGCUGGUUGCAGCGGAUCGGGAUAGCUACCAAUAUCUGGUUGAGAGUAUUGAGAGGUUCCCUUCGCAGGAAGAAUUUAGGGAUAUGAUUCUGGAUGCUGGCUUUGUGAUUGCAGGCGAGGGCUAUGAGGAUCUGACAGGUGGUGUGGCGGCUAUUCAUAAGGGCAUGAAGCCUCGCACUUGA